AUGGAAUGGAAUAACCUGAUGGACCAUUUUGACCUUGAUAGAGCACUUUACCAUCCGAUAAAACAUAGAGUUUCUCCGGCCAUCCGCGANGAAUGUGAUUCGAUUAAAUAUCGUAUAUUCAAUUAUAUCCUUUGUUCAUAUGAACAAUUUUCCUAUCCAUCGGCUUUGAAUUGUCGUGGAACAAUGUUCGAUAUAACCGAUGCCGAAAACGUCCAACUCGUUUGUUUACCACCGGAAAAGUUCUUUAAUUACGAAGAAGGAAACGGCGUAAACAUCCAUCCCUUAGGAGCCCUCGGAAUUCAAAUGGAAAAGCUCGAUGGUUCACUGAUAUCAACAUAUUUGCAUAGAGGACAAACGAAAUUAAAAUCGAAAGCGUCUCUGAAAUCAUCGCAGGCAUUGGAAGCGAUGAAAUUACUAACAGGAAAAUAUUUCGAUGAAGUCAAUGGUAUUGUUCAUGAUAACAAAACAGUGAAUUUCGAAUACAUAUCACCCACCAAUCAAAUUGUUUUGCACUACAAUGAACCAGAACUACGAAUACUUUCUAUACGUUGUCAUCUCACAGGCGCGACAUUAUUCGGUAAUCAGUUGAUAAAAUUUCUCGAAGAAAAACAUUGUAGCACCAUGGUUGAAAAUGUCGUAUCGUUUAAACAAAUAGCAAUGGAUUUAGCUCAUGCAAAAUUAGUUGAAGACAUUCGGAAUGAAACGGAAGGUGAAGGUUAUGUGGUAGAAAUUAUCGGUGCAGAUCAGAAGUCCUAUUUAGUUAAGAUCAAAACUCAUAAAUAUCUAUUACUUCACCAUACACGAACAAACUUGUCGUCACCUAAGUAUCUCUUUCAGUGCGUCAUCAAUGAACAAACCGACGAUUUACGAUCUCUAGUCGCUGAUCAAGACGAAUAUCUACGAAAGAUCACAGAUAUGGAAAGUCGGGUGCGGCCAAUUUACAAUCAAAUAGUUCAGACUGUUGAAAAAUUCCACGAAGAAAACAAAGACCUAUCACGGAAGGAUUAUGCGAUCAAAGUUAUGAACGAGAAUGCAAUGAAAGUGUAUAUGCCAUUGCUAAUGAAUAUAUACGGAGGCAAAGAAACUGACUUUAAAAAGUUUGCCAUUUCACAUAUGAAGGAUAUUUUUCAAAUCACUGAAGAUACUAACACAGCGAACAAUGAUGACGAGUAA